ACACGGCACUAGUAACUGAUAAUCCAAGUUUCUACACAUUCCGACAAGAAGAACUUUAGAGUCACUCCUUGCUUAGUGCGGACACAAGCUGAUUCGAGCUCAUACUUAUCACGCUCAGAGGCUUUGAGAACCCCACAAGACGUAUCGUGCCGAGUGAGAACCUACGUUGGCCAAGAUGCAGCCUUACUAUGCACAAGACGUGGAUGAAGAGGAUGAAAUUCUUGCCGAUGGGGAGGUCGACUUCGGCGUCGACUAUGUAGAUGGUAACUUUGGUGAUGGCGUAAACGCUGCCCUCCUUGCAGAAGCUCAGCAACAGCAACAGCAGCAGCAGCAGCAAGCAGCUGCUUUGGCCGCGGUUCCAGACGCAGUCAAGAAGUACAUCGUGGCAUUCCAUCAAGCUAUUCAGAAUAACUCCCUGGGGGAAAUUUCAGCGGCAUACGAGGGCUCUUGGAACCGUCUCACAGACAAAUUCUACGCCAAGUCAGAGUGGCCAGAAGCGGAGGUUAUUGCUCCUCUCGUGCAAGAAGAUCAACAAUUUCUGACUCUCUACCGCGAGCUUUGGUUCAGGCAUGUGUACUCCAGACUGUCUCCCGCGGGUGAAGACCGCUUCAACUCGUAUGACAACUACUGCGACCUUUUCAACUUCGUCCUCAACUCGGAGGGGCCGGUGCCUUUAGAGUUGCCUGCACAGUGGCUUUGGGACAUUAUCGACGAAUUCAUCUAUCAAUUCCAAAGUUACUCGCAAUGGCGCAAUCGUGUCUCAAACAAGUCGGAGGAAGAGCUCGCACUGCUACAGGAUGGCGGUGUUUGGAGCAGCUACAGCGUGCUGAAUGUUCUGUACUCACUCAUUCAAAAGAGCAAAAUCCUCGAGCAGCUGGCCGCUACCGAGGCAGGAGAGGAUCCUGCCUCUGUUGCUGGCGACUUUGGUGAAAAACCGCUGUACAAGCUGCUUGGUUACUUCAGCAUCAUCGGCUUGCUGCGCGUCCACGUCCUUUUGGGGGAUUAUACGCUGGCGUUGAAGAUGCUGGACCACGUGGAGCUCAACCGGAAAAACAGUUUGAUCACAAGAGUUACCGCUUGCCACGUCGCGGCUUACUACUAUAUUGGCUUUGCGUACAUGAUGCUCGGACGCUAUCCAGACGCUGUUAAGUCCUUCACCCACAUACUCGUCUUCAUCAUGCGCCUUCGCCAGUAUCACACGCGCAGUUACCAGUACGAUCAAAUCAACAAAACGGCAGACCGAAUGUACGGGUUGCUCGCGAUCUGCUGUGCCCUUUGCCCAACUCGCCUAGACGAAAACUUGCAGACCACGAUGAAGGACAAGUAUGGCGAUCAAUCUUCUCGCAUGAGCAAAGGCGACCGCACUGCCUUUGAAGAGCUUUUCAUCUACGCCAGCCCAAAGUUCAUCACCACCAGCUCGCCACCCUAUCACGAUUCGGAAGCCAUGGCAUCUUUCGACGAGAAGACCCUCGCCGACCCCGCUCAACACCAGCUGAAGGUCUUCAUGGCCGACAUCUCCACGCAAUUACUCAACUCUGAUGUCCAGUCUUUCAUUCGGCUUUACAAGUCUCUAGGGACAGACAAGCUGGCAGAUUUCCUUGCUGCGGACGAGGAAGAUGUUAUCGAAAUGAUGAUGGUAACGAAGGGCAGCACCCGACGUCUCAAGUGGAGUGAAGGAGGGUUGCUGGAAGGUGAAGUGGUGAACACCAGCGACCUUGACUUCAACAUUGAUGGAAACAUGAUUAACGUGGCUGAGGUCAAAGUUGGACGCAGGUAUGGUGAUUGGUUCCUGCGGAACGGUACUCGUAUGCACGAGGCUCUAUUGAAUAUCAAGGCGAAGCCGCUCCCGGCCGGCACUCAAGGCUUACAACCGAGCGCUACUCGUCCUGGACCGCCCGGACGAGCUCCGCGCCAAGAGUUCAGACCUCAGGGCGCAUGGAGCGCGAAGACACCAGCCACGGUUGCAUAGAUUGCCAAUGGCACACCACCCUGCUCGCAAAGGACUAGCCUUCCUGUCGUCAUCCGCAGAGACCGGGAGAAGCAGAUGAUGUAUGUUACAAGAAUGAUGAUGAGCCUCGACCAAAUCGAUCUGAUAACCCUGCA